AUGGAUCAAAUGCAACAGAAACAAAGCAGCAUAGAUCCAGCGAGACUCUCUGGACAACCUGGGUUGAAUGCUUUUCCAGGACCUGCUCUACCCCUUCAACCAACAGCCCAGGACACCUCUAUCACCUGUCCCAUAGUGGGGUCUGGGAAACUCCCAGGACUGGGUCCAGUUCAGGCCUCAGGUGUACGUGAGAUGCCAGACCAGGUGAGGCCUGAGCAUGUACAGCUUGGGUCCAGUCCUGCAGUUCCAGUCAAUAUCAGCCGUCCCAGACCCACUGCACUGAAUUCCUCCAGAGGUCCAGAGGCUGAUACGAAGGAUAAGGCCUCUAUUCCAAACCGCAUUCCUGGACCACACAACCCCAUCUCCCUGUCCCAGUCCCCUACAGAGUCUUCCCUGUUGUCCCACAGCCUUCAGAGUCCUCACAGCUUCAUCCCACAGUCUAACCUGCCUCAGCCUUGCCUCACCCCGCCAUCCAGCCUCAGCCCCAAACCAGGCUCCAGUCCACAGCCCCAUAGGACCAGCUCCCCUGGGGGUUCUGUGGAGAACCAGCUACAGACUGACAAGACUGAAGGAGAAACAGAUUACGGCUUCAGGUGAGACAGAUCACGAAUGAUGACGCCAAGUACUAUUUCAGUAGCAUGCCCACUGUAUAUGACAUUUGUUCUAAAGUUGUUGUUGUUGUCUCCAUGGAGAUUGUUCUCUCUUUCCCUGCUUGGCAUGGCAAACCAGCUAGGCAGAACCCAGCCUCAGUUAUAGAAGCCAUUUACAGUAUGAUGUGUUGAUGUGAGCCAGAGUGUGUCAUAUGAAUCAAAUGCCAUACAUCUCAGUAUGAGUGGUCUGAACUAGACAGAAUGCAUGCAGGCUGCACAUUUCCUUGGCAGAGGUCCCAGACAGUUCUCUCUCUCUCUCUCUCUCUCUCUCUCUCUCUCUCUCUCUCUCUCUCUCUCUCUCUCUCUCUCUCUCUCUCUCUCUCUCUCUCUCUCUCUCUCUCUCUCUCUCUCUCUCUCUCUCUCUCUCUCUCUCUCUCUCUCCUUCUGUUCAAUCACAACCACUAAAAUCACUGCUACUGAAAUUAGUUUGGAUUGUUCCUGUAGGUGCAGUGUAUAGUCUCCAUUUACCCUAGGGUCAAGGCAUUGACUAUGAUAUGUUCACUGGUCACUUAACAUUUUGAGUCAAGUAAGUGUACAGUAUGGGUUCAACACUCAACAUUGAGCUAUACAUUAUUACAUAAUAAUUACAUUACUACACAGUUAUGAUUGCAAAUCUACCCUGCAAAAGUAUGUGGACACCCUUUCAAAUUAGUGGAUUUGGCUAUUUCAGCCACACCCGUUGCUGACAGGUGUAUAAAAUCGAGCACACAGCCAUGCAAUCUCCAUAGACAAACAUUGGCAGUAGAAUGGCUCGAUGACUUUCAACGUGACACUGUCAUAGGAUGGCACCUUUCCAAUAAGUCAGUUCGUCAAAUUUCUGCCUUGCUAGAGCUGCCCCAGUCAACUGUGUUAUUUUGAAGUGGAAACAUAUAGGAGCAACAACGGCUCAGCCGCGAAGUGGUAGGCCACACAAGCUCACAGAACGGGACCGCCGAGUGCUGAAGCGCGUAGCGAGUAAAAAUAAUCUGUCCCCGGUUGCAACACUCACUACAGAGUUCCAAACUACCUCUGGAAGCAACGUCAGCACAAGAACUGUUCGUCGGGAGCUUCAUGAAAUGGAUUUCCAUGGCCAAGUAGCCGCAUACAAGCCUAAGAUCACCAUGCACAAUGCCAAGCGUCGCCUGGAGUGGUGUAAAGCUCGCCACCGUUGGACUCUGGAGCAGUGGAAACGCGUUCUCUGGAGUGAUGAAUCACGCUUCAACAUCUGGCAGUCCGAGGGACAAAUCUGGAUUUGGAGGAUGCCAGGAGAAUGCUACCUGCCUGAAUGCAUAGUGCCAACUGUAAAGUUUGGUAGAGGAGGAAUAAUGGUCUGGGACUGUUUUUCAUGGUUCGGGCUAGGCCCCUUAGUUCCAGUGAAGGGAUAUCUUAACGUUACAGCAUACAAUUACAUUCUAGACAAUUCUGUGCUUCCAACUUUGUGGCAACAGUUUGGGGAAGGCCCUUUCCUGUUUCAACAUGACAAUGCCCCCGUGCACAAAGUGAGGUCCAUACAGAAAUGGUUUGUCGAGAUCGGUGUGGAAGAAUUUGACUGGCCUGCACAGAGCCCUGAUCUCAGCCCCAUCGAACACCUUUGGGAUGAAUUGGAAUGCCGACUGCGAGCCAGGCCUAAUCGCUCAACAUUUACAUUUACAUUUACGUCAUUUAGCAGACGCUCUUAUCCAGAGCGACUUACAGUUAGGGAGUGCAUACAUGAUUUUUGUUUUUUUUCAUACUGGUGCCCCAUGGGAAUCGAACCCACAACCCUGGCAUUGUUAAACGCUAUGCUCUACCAACUGAGCUACAUCCCUGCCGGCCAUUCCCUCCCCUACCCUGGACAACGCUGGGCCAAUUGUGUGCCGCCCCACCUCACUAAUGCCCAACCUCACUAAUUCUCUUGUGGCUGAAUGGAAGCAAGUCCCCGCAGCAAUGUUCCAAUAUCUAGUGGAAAGCCUUCCCAGAAGAGUGGAGGCUGUUAUAGCAGCAAAGGGGGGACCAACUUCAUAUUAAUGCCCAUGAUUUUGGAAUGAGAUGUUCGACAAGCAGGUGUCCACAUACUUUUGGCCAUGUAGUGCAUGUAAAGUGUAACUCAUGUAGGUGUUUUUACUGGUAAUGUAGGAUGUGCAUUACCCCCUGUGUUGUCCUCUGAUAGGGUUCACAUUGUCACAUGGAAUGUGGGCUCUGCUGUUCCUCCUGAUGACAUCACCUCUUUGUUUGGGCCGCAUGCUGGCGAUGGGAGCACAGACAUGUUUAUCAUUGGGUGAGCUUCUGCUCCAAUCAAAACGGUGCCAGGGAGACAGCAUUGAAUGUCUCCUUCAUCAUACCUCUAUCACUGUUCUGAUCUCUCCUCUACUACUGAUGUCACCUCAUCUAUUCAUCUAAACAUUCUUCUUAUUCCUCUUCUCCUUCCACUGAGUUAUGAGUUGUUCUUCCUCUCUUCCUCCCCACUCAGGCUACAGGAAGUGAACUCCAUGAUAAACAAGCGGCUGAAGGACGCUCUCUUCACCGACCAAUGGAGUGAGCUCUGCAUGGACACACUCAGUCGCUUUGGAUAUGUGCUGGUCAGUAUAGAGUUAACUCGCUAUGUUGUGCCAGUCACUGUCUCAAUCUCUGUGGAUACAGUUUUUCUCUCUCUCUCUCUCUCUCUCUCUCUCUCUCUCUCUCUCUCUCUCUCUCUCUCUCAUACUCUAGUUCGCUCUCUCCUCUCUCUCCUCCCCCUCCUCUCUCUCUCUCUCUCUCUCUCUCUCUCUCUCUCUCUCUCUCUCUCUUUCACCUCCCCCUAUAUCGCUGUAGGUGGCGUCCCAGCGUAUGCAGGGGGUGCUGUUGCUGGUGUUCUCUAAAUUUUGCCAUCUUCCAUUUCUGAGGGGUUUGCAGACAGAGAAAACACGCACAGGCCUCGGGGGCUACUGGGUGAGUGUCACCCCUGGCAACCCAUAGCUUUUAGAUUGCAUUAAAAUAUGUUAAUAUGCCAGGGAGAGAGAGCGAGAGAAGAAGAUGUGUGUGUGUGUGUGUGUGUGUGACCUUCCUGUGUGGGUUGAUGUCAGCAUCACUACUGGCUGCUGGAGCAGUCUCCUUCUCUCUGAGGUCAGAGCAGCUGGACUGUCUGGCUGUCUGGCACUUUGAUACAGACGAUUCAAAAAUACCAUCUGUCCUUUCAUCCUUAUCACAUUGGAUGUUUGAUUACAAAGGCUUGGAGAGCAUCCAUCUUUUAUCCAUCAGUGUGUGUUACAUUUUCACACUAUUUCUCUAUUCCCCUCCCCAGGGUAAUAAAGGGGGUGUGAGUGCGAGGAUGACAAUGUUCGGCCACCCGGUGUGUUUCCUGAACUGUCACCUGCCGGCUCACAUGCGGAACCUGGAGCAGCGCAUGGAGGACUUUGAGAGCAUUCUGCAGCAACAACAGUUUGAGGGCGGGACAGCCUCGGGUGUGCUGGACCACGAGUGGGUCAUUUGGAUGUGGGAGGGCUGAUAUAAACAAUAUGUGUAGGGCCAGGAGUUCUUCCCACCUGACCACCUAUGGUCAUAACCAUAUCAUAACAGCUGAGAUAACUUGUCAUAACCUGUUAUAAUAUGGUCAUAACACUGUCAGGACAAGACAUCCUCUUUUUGACUGAUGACUGAUAUAAGAGCAUGUACGUGAUAGGCCUAUCUCAAUCAAUCAACUGUAUUUAUACAUUUUACAUAAGCAGAUGUCACAAAGUGCUUAUACAGAAACCCAGAAACCCAGCCUAAAAUCCCAAAGAGCAAGCAAUUCAGAUGUAGAAGCAUGGUGGCUAGGAAAAACUCCCUAGAAAGGCAGGAACCUAGGAAGAAACCUAGAGAGGCUUACAGUGUAUUCGGAAAGUAUUCAGACCCCUUCCCAUUUCCACAUUUUGUUACGUUACAGCCUUCUUCUUAUUAUUAUUAUUAUUAAAUGUGUAUUUUUUUCUCCCCAAUUUCGAUCUUGUCUCAUCGCUGCAACUCCCCAACGGCCUCGGGAGAGGCGAAGGUGGAGUCAUGAGUCCUCCGAAACAUGACCCACCUAACCUCGCUCCUUAACACCCGCCAGCUUAAGCCUCCGACACCAAUGUGUCGGAGGAAACACCAUUCAACUAGCGACCGGGGUCAGCCUGCAGGCACUCGGCCCACCACAAGGAGUUGCUAGAGCAGGAAUGAGCCAAGUAAAGCACCCCCGGCCAAACCCUCCCCUAACCCGGAAGACGCUGGGCCAAUUGUGCGCCGUCCUAUGGGACUCCCAGCCACAGCUGGUUGUGGCACAGCCCGGGAAUGAACCCAGGUCUGUAGUAACGCCUCUAGCACUACGAUGCAGUGCCUUAGACCGCUGUGCCACUCGGGAGCCCCCACAGCCUUAUCCUAAAAUGUAUGAAAAAAAUAAUAAUCCUCAUCAAUCUACACACAAUACCCCAUAAUGACAAAGCAUUAUUCAGACCCUUUGCUAUGAGACUCGAAAUUGAGCUCAGGUGCAUCCUGUUUCCAUUGAUCACCCUUGAGAUGUUUCUACAACUUGAUUAGAGUCCACCUGUGGUAAAUUCAAUUGGCUAUAUGGCAUUCAGGCCAAAGAGUUCAAUAUUGGUUUCAUCAGACCAGAGAAUCUUGUUUUUCAUGGUCUGAGAGUCUUUAGGUGCCUUUUGGCAAACUCCAAGCGGGCUGUCAUGUGCCUUUUACUGAGGAGUGGCUUCCAUCUGGCCACUCUACCAUAAAGGCCUGAUUGGUGGAGUGCUGCAGAGAUGGUUGUCCUUCUGGAAUGUUCUCCCAUCUCCAUAGAGGAACUCUAGAGCUAUGUCAGAGUGACCAUCGGGUUCUUGGUCACCUCCCUGACCAAGGCCCUUCCCCGAUUGCUCAGUUUGGCCGGGCGGCCAGCUCUAGGAAGAGUCUUGGUGGCUCCAAACUUCUUCCAUUUAAGAAUGAUGGAGGCCACUGUAUUCUUGGGGACCUUCAAUGCUGCAGACAUUUUUUGGUACCCUUCCCCAGAUCUGUGCCUUGACACAAUCCUGUCUCUGAGCUCUAUGGACAAUACCUUCAACCUCAUAGCUUGUUUUUUUCUCUGACAUGCACUGUCAACUGUGGGGCCUUAUAUAGACAGGUGUGUGCCUUUCCAAUCAAUUGAAUUUACCACAGGCGGACUCCAAUCAAGUUGUAGAAACAUCUCAAGGACGAUCAAUAGAAACAGGAUGCAACUGAGCUCAAUUUCGAGUCUCAUAGCAAAGGGUCUGAAUAUUUAUGUAAAUAAGGUAUUUAUGUUUUUUUAAGUUUAAUACAUUUGCAAAGAUUUCUAAAAGCCUGUUUUCGCUUUGUCAUUAUUGUGUAUUGUGUGUAGAUUGCUGAGGAUUUUUUAUUUUUUUAUCCAUUUUAGAAUAAGGCUGUAACGUAACAAAAUGUGGAAAAAGUAAAGGGGUCUGAAUACUUUCCGAAGGCACUGUGUAUGUCAUGACAAUGUUAUGACCAUAUUAUGACAAGUUAUGUCAGCUGUUAUGACAUAUUAUGACAUGGUUGUGACCUAGUUACUGUUUUUUCUUGGUCAGGUCAUGUGGUCAGAUCAUGUAGUCAGGUCAGGUGGUCAGGUCAUGUGUGGUCAGGAAAUACUCCUGGUCCUCAUCAUGUGUUCUGAUGAUCAGUCAUUGGCUAAGAGUGGUGAAAUGGAUCCUGUGUUCUUCUCCCAGCGUGGUGUUCUGGUUUGGGGAUCUUAACUUCCGCAUAGAGGACUAUGACAUUCAUGUGGUGAAGAGUGCCAUUGACAGCAAUAAGCUCCCUUUGCUGUGGGAGAGAGACCAGGUGAGAAAGCUGUAGAAUCUAUUCAUUUGACAUGAAAAAUAGACCAAAUUGAAUUUUAUUUGAAAACAGAGUACCAAAUGGAAGUCAUGUUUAUCUUUGAAAACAAUGACUGUUGAUUAAUUACCAACAGAGGGAGCUAUAGCACCACAAAAAAUGAAUUUACGCCCAAUAAUAUUCAAUCACACAGUGACUGCAUCAAGUCAAGCUAGCUACUUUGAUAAUUUAAUGGUAUUGUCUGUCUCUCUCUUUCCCUCUCUCUCUCGCUCUCUCUCUCUCCAUUCCCACGUUUGUUUUGCAGCUCAACAUAGCUAAAAACAGUGAGUCCAUCUUAGACGGAUUCUUAGAAGGCCCUCUCAAAUUCCCCCCCACAUAUAAGUUUGAUGUGGGGACACACACAUACGACACCAGGUAUGUGAUACUGUGUAGCGCAAUAAAUGGUUUGUGAUUGAUGUGAUGCUCCCUUUUUACUGACCUCUGUUAUGAUAUGGGGGGUUGUUUAGUGUUAGGACACAGUUAGGCAACACACUACCAGGAUACACUUCCACACUCCAUCCCCAGGUAGCAGCACCAACCGGGUCAAGGGCUGUGCUCUGCCAGGAAGCCUGGAUAAGUCGACAGGAUGACGUGUAUGUGACAGAGGCUUCUCGGCCUGUCAGUGUUCGGUGUUGUUUUGUGUUAAUUAACCUCUUUAUUUUAGGCAUGCCUCUUUGUAGUUUAAUUAUUGUAUAUAUUUAUUUUGGGUCACCCCUUUGAACGAAUACUAAUCUGCUUGGACUCGCCGACCAUGGGAGUCAUUACUGAGUCAUGCAUUCAACACCUGGUUGCAUACGUUUACUUCUCACAUUUAUGCACACAUCAAAUCAGGUUACAGACCAUGUAGCUAGGCCUUAGACAUAAUGAGUGCAGCAAAAUCAGUAGGCAAGUUAUUGGUUUCUUAACACCUCUAUUGACUGAUUCACUAACCUCUAAUUCCCACUAUUAUCUCUCUGUCUGUUCCUCUCACAGCAGUAAGAAGCGAAAGCCAGCAUGGACAGACCGUAUCCUGUGGCGUCUGCGUUGUACGGGCUCCCCUGUUCCUACCCACAAUGCCACGCUGCAGCGCGGCCUGACCUCGUGGCUGGGUGGGGCAACCAAGGUGGUGCAACACUCCUACCGCAGUCACAUGGGCUACACCUGCAGCGACCACAAGCCUGUCUCUGCUGUCUUCUCAUUACAUGUAAAUCCAACCUCCCUGUGACCCCUGACCUCUCACCCCAGCAGUCACACUAUUUGAUGUUUAUCCAGAGAUGGUGAAAAACCUUCAAUGUUACAUUAUAACCUUAGAAUGUCGUCACAUAAGAAUCACCCUUUGAAAUGAUCUUUCUAUCUGUCACUGUUUAUUUUUCACUCUCCUGCUCUCUCCCUCAGUUCCCAUUUAAAGUGGACCUUCCUCUUGUAACGUUAGAGUAUGAGAAGGAGUGGACUAAAGUUUCUGACGCUACAGUCAGAUUCACUGUGAGGUCCAACUUCCAGCGCAGUUCAUGGGACUGGGUUGCAAUAUACAAGGUAACUGUGACUUCAACUUCAAAGCAGUGCGAUUUCAUAUUUUCUCUCACACAAUAACUAGGUUAUUAGGGCUAUGCGUAAUUGUUCCAUGGUCAAUUGAAGUCUGUGAUUUGUCUACACAGGUUGGGUUCAAACAUCACAAGGACUAUGUAGCAUAUGUGUGGGCCAAGGCGGAUCACGGGUCACAGGUAUGAUACAAAGCCUGACAAACAUACUCCCACAACCUCAACCUCAGAUAUCCACACACGUCCACUUACUAUCUUUCCAUUCUCUCUAUUUUUACUGUUCGUCACUUUCUCCCCCUUUCUCUCCUCAGGUGACAUUUACAGAGGAGGAUUUACCCAGGGAUGCAGGAGAAUACAUUUUGGGUUUCUACAGCAACAACAUGAACACUAUUAUCGGCGUGACAAUGCCCUUUCAGGUCAGGACCCUUCCUGACGUUUUCCUUCCUGUGUUCAAUGAACAGGGAAUAAAGCAGUUGCUGUCUGCCAUUCAGUUCAGCUGGAUAUAUCUCAUUUUCUCCUCAUUUUGUUCCCUCCCUCCCACUCUUUUCUCUUACUCUCUUCUCCAACCUUCCUCCAUCUCCCAUAGAUCCAUGUUCCUGUGCGCAGCCCGACAGCCACACCAGAAUGCCGCUCAGACAGUUCUGACGUCAGCUCGGAGGAUGACAGCACACUGGUCCUGCUGGCUCCUGCUAGCUCCCGCAGCCCAAGCCCUGGAAAAAGCAAACACCACCAUCGCCACCGCCGCAGCCGCAGUCCUGCUCACUCCAACACCCCCAUGCCCUCCCUGCAGGGCCUCAGCCUGCACCCUCGUCCCCUAGAGGGGCUCCCAAGCAGCCGCUCGCCCUGCUCUGCUGCAAAGAAGGAGCGCCUGGUGUCCCCCCAGGACACCCUGCCAUCGCCCAUCAGCCCGCUCACCCCCCGCAGCCCUGUGUCCCCCGGAGGCGGGGUCUCAGCCCCAGAGGCUCUGAUCGCUGCCAUCCUGGGGGAGCAUAGACCAGCUCAGGUCACUCCCACAGGGGGCAGGUCACCAGGCAAGACUGGAGAGACAAGUUUAUGAGGAGCCCAACCAACAAUCUCUGUGGAGUCAUGAAUAUGCAUAGACAUUAAAGGCUGAAUUCAAUCCAAAUCAAAUAAUUAUCUCGGAAGAUCCUCAUUAUAUUUCAAAAUUUAAAGGCAAUGUUCCUGCUUUCACGGUAAACACUGCAUAUGUCGGCUCAAUCGGAAAUUAUCCUUAAAUUUGUUUCCGCGAUACAGAUUGAAUCCAGCCCUAAGAUAAGACUGUUGAAAUGAAGCCAGUAAAGACCAUAUGAUGAUAGAAUCUAGGGCUGAUAUGGUCCAUUAUUUCUAUGCUGAUCUGACCUCACACUGUCACUGCACUCAUAAAAGCAGUGCAUUGUAUGACUUAGCAACAUUCCACAUGGUGGUCAACCAGUUGUCUCUGUUUCUUAAAAGCAGUUAAAUGUAAUGUCAAAAUGUAGAUUUCCGCCAAAAUAGACAUACCCAAAAGCAAUUAUUUAUCAUGAGAGGGCCAUAAACAAUACCAGGUAAUGCUUAUACUGCCAGAAAGAUUAAAAUCUCACCUUUCUGGUAAAAAUAGUUAUAAAUUGCUGAGGUGUAGUCACUUUUGAGCUCAAGUACACAGUAAAAAUGUGAAACAUCAUAUAUAUACUGUAUUUUGUUUUCCUAUUCAACAAAAGUGAAUAGGAAGGCUUUAAAUUAUUGAAAUGCUUUCAAAAUAUAGUAACAAUGACAUUAUAAACGACUUACUAUAAGAUUUCACCUUAAAUAAAUAUGAUCAUACAAAAUUGCCACCAUUUCAUUUAACUGACGACAGAGAAUUUUCUGCCCAACAUCCUCUGAGCGACGUAGAGACGCCAUUCAAAUUCCAGCUGACUCGUGACAAUGUCAGCUUUAAGCACAACGUGAUUUUGUUCCUCUGUGAUCACGAGAAAGUGACAUUGUUUCAAUUCUACUAAAUUAUUUUGUAUUUUUUCAUGUUGUGAGCUCUAAAUCCAUCUGAGAAAAUUACAGUGAGAUGAGACCGCUUUAUCUGCAAUCGCUAGGCUCUCCGUUUCAUGUGCAGGAUUGCAAGCGGAGCUGCAAGGUUCACAGCCAGAGGAAAUCGAUCCUUUGGCUGGCUAUGCCAGAAAAUGAUAUGUGUCGCUCCCUAUGCAAAUGAGGUGUCAGAUUUCACAUACUUCAUCUCAGCUGAGAGCGGAGAGCAGCAUGUGGAGAGGGACAACCAGAGUGUUGUUGAUGUUGCACCGUUCACAGAUCGCUCUGUACACACAAAUGUUGGUUGGAUCCGGUCCAGAACUGCUCUAAGUCCUCUAAAUAUGGGACUUUACAUCUCAGAGCAAUAUACUUAUCAGUGACUCCAUCCUUAAGGGGGCUAGUCCAAAUCGCUAAAAGUCUAAGCGAUACCCCAAGAAGUGUUUUACAGACUCAUAUCAAUACUGUAUGUACACAAUAAAUGUAAAACCAAAGCAAGAGUAAAUCUGCGAUGUACAGUACUGUUGUUAUAUAGUAAGUUGAAGGGAUGUCUAUAAAUAUGCUCUACGUAUCUGGGCCUGGAUCACUUGGUGUGGUAUGAUAUCUAUCUUUCUAUACCCCCAAGCUCCAACUGAUAUUAAAGUGGUUUGUUUCUGAAUCUUCCCAUCUUGUGUGUAUAUGUGUAGCACUGUUCAUGUUUGAGAAAAAAUAUUGUCUUAUUUUCAGAGAGAUAAGUCUUCUAAUGGUUUAGUGGUUUGUUUUGGUUGUGAAAAUAUUGGUUGUGUGAAGAAAAUAAAAUGACCAACCUGAAAAAUAGAUUUUUUAUUAUCAUGCACAGAACAUUCAAUGGGACAGCUCAUAAUUAUUAUUUGCAAAGAGUCCACA